ACUUAUCUGAGGUCGUCUGCUCGUCUUUCACGCUACUGAAAAUGUCCAAACUACAGGUGUUGAAUACGUUUCUUACUCAGAAAUUAACAGCGGUGGCUGUGGAGAUAUUUGGGGCAGUGGAGAAAAUGAUAACAGUGUACGAGGAAGAAAUGUCCCGCUCAAAUGAGGAGAGCAAACGACUACAAAGACUACUGGAUUCGGUUUACAAACCAGAGAUAAGAUUACAUAAAACAGAACCCCAGCAGCUCACUGUCCCAGUCCCUGAGGAGGUUGUCCCUGAGCAGCAGCACUGUGAGCAGGAGUGGAGCCCAGGUCUGGGGCAGGAGGACUCAGACCCCACACAGAUUAAAGAGGAACAGGAGGACCCAGAGCACACACAGAUUAAAGAGGAACAGGAGGAAGAGCAGCUUCAGGGGCUGGAGUCUGAUAUCAAAGAGUUCAUAUUCACUCCUUCCUGUGUGAAAAAUGACUGUGAUCAGGACCCCCCUCAGCCCUCACAUCUUUCCCAAACCCUAACAACGCAGACCAGAGAGAGGGACUUAGUAUGCAUUAGCACAACUACAGAGAUGGAAACUGAACCUGAUGGCGAGGUUUACAGAGGAACAGAGUCAAACAGUUACUCUCCGCCCUUCCCUGUAGUAAAUGGAGCUCAAUGUGAAGUCAGUGAAAAUGUUAAUGGGGGGGUGCCAGUGUUAAAGCUACUACCAGUGUUAAAGCUACUCAAAUCAAAGAGAGUGCAGACAAAUGAGAGACAAAAUUCCAAUACCUCUGCAGAGGGCUGGAAAACCGAUGUGAUGCCCAAUCAGAAAUCAGCCAGUCAUGGCAAUGCUGCUCCUUGUUGUUGCAAAGUGUGUGGGAAGUCUUUUAAAUUUUUGGUGGCUUUAAUUAAUCAUGUGCAAACAGUACAUGCAAAUGAUGCAAAACAUAUGUGUGGUGUGUGUGGAAAAAACAUGAACUCUUCUCAAUGUAUGAUAGAACACCAACAAUCUCACAUUGCAGAAAAACCUUUUUGUCAUAUUUGUGGCAAAUGUUUCCAUUGUAAUGCUAAACUGAGAACGCAUAUGCGUGUCCACACAGGAGAGAGACCAUAUUGGUGCCAAAAAUGUGGCAAAGGCUUCAGGCAGCAGCAAAACCUGAAAGAGCAUAUGAGGACUCAUACAGCGGAGAAACCGUAUCGGUGCGAAGAAUGUGGCAAAUGCUUCAAACACUCGAGCAGCCUGACUGUGCAUAUGAGGAACCACACGGGGGAGAGACCAUAUAAGUGCCAUUUUUGUGAGAAAUCCUUUGUCUCAGCAAGUAAACGAAGUCUCCAUCAACGGAUUACAUUGGAAAGAACUGGAAACUGUUUCAGUGCAGCCAGUGCAACAGAAGCUUUAGUCAUGUGGGGACCAUGAAAAAGCACAUGAAGAACAUGCACAAACAGUGCCCACAAUUCCAAACCAACACCGCACCCCUAGCGACUCACUUUGCGUUCCUUCCAAUGUCACAUGUUGCUGAACUUAAGAGGGUCACUUUCAGAAUGGAGAUUCUAAUUAGACCCUAACCCCUCAAAAAGUUUCAGUGAUUCAUCUUUGGGAGAACAAUGAAAUCUCCUGCAGUGAUCAUUGUGACAGAAGACAUGUAAUGUACACAGAACCAUGUAGUGUGAUACAUUUCAAUCUUAUCCAGAGUGACUUACAUUUAUUGCGUUCAUCUUAAGGCAAGGUUUCCCAAAGUAGGUCCUAGGCCUCCCCGGGUGCACAUUUCUGUUUUUUGCUUAGCACUACACAACUGAUUUGAAGUAAUCAAAGUUUUAUGAGGUGUUGGUUAUUUGAAUCCGCUAUCUAGUGCUAGGGGGAAGAAAAUAAAAAAGUUCACCCAGGGGGAACCCAGGACCGACUUUGAGAAACCCUGUCUUAAGCUAACUAGGUGAGACAAGACCAUAUCAGUUAUAGUUAAAAAAAAAAAAAAAAAAUUAAAGGUGAA